AUACCUACAACAGACAGUAUACGAGUUGAACAAAUCUUAGCGACAGAAGUUGAAAUCUCCUUAUGGAAUUCACAAAGUCUGCCAACAGAUGAAUUAAGUACACAAAAUGCAAUUCUGACUACAAAAGGACCUACUUCACCAGUUUGUAUUGAUCCACAAGGUCAAGCAGCGAGAUGGAUUAAAAGAAUGGAACGUAAUACUAAAGAUGAAGCUCGUUCAUUACGA